AUGAACGUCGCAGCCCUACUGCGCGAGCGCGUGUGGUCCGCCUCCAUUCCCGUAGAGAUCUCCCUGCACAGCGCAGACUGCUCGUCAUACGAAGCCGUCCCCUACCUGGUCCACGUCCCACGACUCUCGUAUCUGGCAUUUCUCCUACCCAAGCUCCACACCUACUUCCACGCCAACUUGAUCUACCCCGACGUCUCUCCGUUUGAUGCAUGGCUCGAGUAUGACCAUGUGCCCUUGAAGUGGCACUACCCGCUCGGCCUACUCUACGACCUGUACUCCGGAGCCGAGCCUGCAUCCUCACACAACACGCCCGCCGAGCAAGCCAUAGUGCCCAGCUCUGAAGAGGAAGAGACCCCGCCCUGGAAAUUGACUCUCCACUUCUCUAGUUACCCCAAAGAUCAGCUGGUGCAGCUCGACGCCCAUGAGAAGCACCUCCACGAUCUGUUUAUAAACAACGUGAAGGAGGCCGACUACCUCCGAAAUGGAACAGGGAAGACAGUAAUGUCUCUCAGCAAAGAGGAUUCCGAACAGCUAUGGGAAGGUGUCAGGCAACGAGACUACAGGCGCUUCAGUCGUAUCAAUAACAAGUUCCUGAAUCCUCAAGGCGCUACGCUCCGUCAUGUCCCAAUGAGGUUAUACCUCCCACAUGCUGCCUCCCCUCAAGUGGGGAAGCCGUCUUCGCCCAGCAGCUAUCCUCAAGAACGUGGAAAGAUUGAGAAGGCCAUCAUGCCUGGCUCCGUGCGAGUCGUGCAGGGACUAAUCCCAGUAUCCUCAUCGUCACGUGAGUCAUUGCCACCAGAGUUGAGAUCAGAAAACUGUGCUGAUAAGGUCCUAGGGCAACGCCAGACAGUAGGCACUGCGCUGAACACGUUACUACCCAGCCUGUUUCGAAAUACGCGCGGGCCUUGCCUCAUUGCUGCGCCGGUGCUGCAUGGCGCUAUCCUCCCUUUGGACGCCGGCGUCGAAGACCUGAUACGAACCGCUGCCUACGUCGAUGGAUGGCUCCACAUCGCUUUCGUGAUGUUAUAG